AUAUCGCACCAAUUGUUUCUUCUGUCUCUUUUCCUCAUCUUCUGGGCUUUUCUAUCUCCUGUACAUUCCCUCCUCCAUCCACCACCUACCUAUAGUUGAUACAUCCAGACCUCAAACUAUACUCUUCACUCAACUCAUUCAUAUGUGCGCCCAUCUAUUUUAUUUGUAUCCUCAGAAGUAUAUUGUAUAUUAACAACUUUUUCUCCUGCUAACCAUGAACGUAUGUAGGCCCUACUGUAAACAUCCAUGCUAUGUUGAAGUUCAUGCUUGUAGUGUCAUAUAUAUAUUUCUGUAGUUACGUAUCUAUUUCUAUUGAUAGACAUUGAUAGUGUAUCAUGUUGUACGAAAAAUUGGUGCCAUCGUAGAUACAUACACAUGGUGCCAUUCUCUGAGAAGAAUAUAUACAAUGUAUAUAAUUAUUGUAACAAUGUAUAUAUUGUUCUCAUGCCAUCUCAGUUUUUUGCAGUUUGUGUUGCAAUGCAUGCUGGGUAAAGUAAAUAUCUUCCCAUGUACCACCGGCUACUGUUGUCAACAUGGAAGAAGUUGAUAACAUUAUUAUCCACUCCCUCCGACAAAUUGGAUGUGAUGUGGAGGAUGAGGUACAGAGCUUGCGAGACUUCUCCACAGCAACUGUCGUUGAGGCAGCAGUAAAAUGCCUUUGUGUCAUUGACCAAAAAUUUGACAUGUCGCCGGUGCUGCCCCCUGGUAUGUCUGCCCGGUACCGAAUCGGCACCAGUCUCGCUGAAGCGUGCGUGGAGAUUGGCUACAAGGGAGAAAUUGGUUACCAAACGUUCCUCUACGCUAACGAAACUGAUGUUCGCAAAAUCCUCAUUUUUCUCCUCGAGAAGAUCCCAAAGGAAUCUGCGGCCACGGCUGAGGAGCCGGCAGGGUCGUCAUCAGCGCUGAUGAGUCAGGCGAUAUGUAAUGAGAUAAAGAGACGGUUGCAGCUUCCCAUGAGACCUCUGCGUGUCUGUCACGGUGGGCUGCGCUUGCGUGAUAGCCUCACUCAAUCACACCGGCAGGACUACUCAAACACAUGGCCAUUCCACGCUGUGAGUGUCAACCUACCAGAGGGUGUUAGUGACCUAACCAAACCUCAAUCCUUAGAGUUUGGACUGAGUGUUAUUGACUGUGAAUCACUAGGCAGGUGUAAGCCUGAGGACGUGGCGCCAUCUGUGCUGGAAGCAAAUGCACUACAGUUGACAAUCGCUCAGGAGUGGGAGGCAGAGUGGAACCAGAGUGGACUCCAUUCACGGCUGACACAGGAGGAAUACAGAGCUAGGAAACACCAGCGACUGCACAAACGCAUUGCAGACCAUCUGACACGAGCCGUGCAGGCAGCUAGCGGUGACAGUGAUGCCAGCGCGCUCACGGGGGUACACACCGAGAGGCCGGUAGCACGAGUGAAGGGAUCACGCUUCACACACUCUGAGAAACUUCAAUUUACUAAGCAGGAGGAGAAGCCCAGUGAAGCUGUGAAGCCCCAAGCUGAGACAGAGGAAGAUAUACAGAAGCACAGGGAGCAGGAGUUUGAGUCACUGAAGACUCAGCUCGAUGGCUUGAGUGACAGAUUAGAAAAUACGAAGUUGGAAACACGACAGUACUCCACUAGCAUAGAUAAGAGGAGUCUUAGUGAGUUGGAACAGACGAAAAGACGGGCAGAAGGUCACCUACAAGGUCAGAAACGUGUGCUAGACCUGCUUCCAGAUGCAGAGAAUAACAUUGCCAAGCUACAGAAUGUGAUAGCAACAAAGUGCCGCAAGCUGGUUAACCUAGGAAACCAGUGGGAGAACCACAGAGGCCCUCUAAUGGAACAGUACAAUACACUGAAGGAACAAAAUGGCUGCCGUCUGUCGGAAACGGAGAAGAAGCUUGAAGAGAUCAAGCGUCUGAGAGAGAAGAUGAGGGCUCUCGCUACAGAUACGCGUGCCAAAGAUGACCUCUAUAAACAACUGGUGGCAGAGUACGAACGAACAACAAAGGACGUGAAUAGAGCAGCGUACACGAAACGAAUUUUGGAAAUCAUCACAAACAUUAACAAGCAAAACCAGGAUAUCCAGAAGGUGUUGAGUGACACAAAGGAGGUGCAGAAGGAGAUUAAUGUUCUGUCAGGCAAGCUGGAUCGCACGUUUACCGUCACGGAUGAGCUCAUAUUCAAGGAUGCCAAGAAGGACGAAUCGGUGAGAAAGGCUUACAAAUAUCUUGCGUCUCUACAUGAGAACUGCAGUCAACUCAUCAAGACGGUAGAGGACACGGGAGUGAUCAUGAGAGAGAUCCGUGAUCUAGAGGACCAGAUUGAGUCGGAGAGCAACAAGAGAACACUUGCCAAUCUUCAGCGAAUCCAGGCCGAUUACCAUGAGAUGAAGAAGGAGAAUGCCGCGCUGAUGUCUCAACUCAAACAACUACAGUAGUAACACGACUAGUGUUCCUACUUCGAGUCUAUGUCUUUAUGUGGACAUGGAUGUAGUCCUAUAGGCCUGUAGUCAUGGUAUGACAGUAAAGUGUUUCAACCGUGAGCCUCACGAUCAAUACGAAUAUAAUGUGGAAUGCAUUUAUUCAACUGAUCAUUUUUGGUUGAACGAUUAUUAGUUCCAAUUAGAUUUCUCCAAACUUUGCCUUCACUUGCAUAAUUGUGCAGCUGCUCUGUGUAAGCGUGGUAGGUAUAUCGUUCCAUAGCUAUGUAAUUAGACUUCGUAUUCUUAAUGGGUUGCAAUAAAAUUACUUAUCUGGCCACUAGGUAGCAGCACCUGGCAAGAGCGUU